CAUGACUUCUGACCAACUUAGUUUUUGUUUUACUUGUGCUAAGUCGUUGUUCUAAGUGCUGGCAGAGUGAGAACGACCCACAAGAAUGGAGGUAAUACUGGGCGUGGCAAAAGUGACUACUGCAAGCUUUGCACUAAACCUGGCAGCAGAGAGAGCAGUGCAGGUGACAGCUGUGACAAGGUAUCCUAAAGCUCACCGUCUUGUCCAAGUAGCAGGUCUGGAUGGAUUUUCGUCUCUCUUAGGGUGUCUUGGACUCUGCCUGGCCUUCCUGUCUGUAGCCUGUGGGAUUGUGAUGGGAUACGGUGCCGCUAUGAUGAUAAGGAAGGGAAAUGAACCUUGCUUGGAGACUGGCUGCGCAGGGCUGGCAAUAUUUCUGGGAUGUGGACUUUCAGGAGCACUCCUUGGAUUGGUCACCACCACACUGAUGGCCCUGGGACUGAAAGGUCUCUGUCUGAUGGGCUUUAUCCUGAGCCUCAACUUACUCCUCAUGAAUAAGAAACAACAGCAAACAAUGGCGACUCCAGCAAGAAUGCUCACCUUCUCCACUGUGGCGUUCAUAACGUUGCUCCUUGGAGUCUGGUCAGGUCAAAACAUUGAUAUUAAUCAACCAAGAUUAUAUCUUGCCAUGAUCUUUGUACUCCCAUCAGCAUUUCUGAUGGGCUUUCUAGCUGACAUGCUGGCCUUCAAGAAGCCCAUUGCAUACACAACACUCAGCUUUGUGCUGCUGGUACCACUGACUGGACUCCUGCUUGGACUAGGGAUUGAAAAUUACUCUAAAGAAGUGCCACUAUACUACGAUACCUUUUACACCAUUCGAUCCGCGGUCUAUACGGUGGAGAUGCUGACUGGACUGAUUGGUGCUCUUAUAGGUGUGAUGUCAGCUAGCCUCUGGGACACAGACCGAGCACUGUCUUUGUGGAUUUCUGUCCCUGCAGGUGUGAUCCUAUACUAUCUAGAUGUAGACACUCCACACUUCAACCUUCACAGUCUCGCUGAGUGGUGUCUCGGCACAGGAGGAGAAUUAGGACUGAUUUCAGGCCUUGCUGCAGCCUCUGGGAUCUCUCUGGGGCUUGUUGUCAUGUCAGCACGAGGUCAACUUUGGUCUGGCGCUGUGCUGAUUCUUAUAUUGUUGCGGGCUGUUGACAAUAAUUUACUCUCAUUCAAUAAUCUCAUCAUACCUUUGACUUUGCCCUUUGCCCAUGAGCUGAUUAACAGUAUGGAGACCAGGGUGUGUAUGUUAAUGGAUGCUGCUCUGAGUUUUGCCAUUCUUGGUGUGGUGAUGAUGGGAGCAACAGUGUUGGGAGCUGGUGGACUCCUGACAGCUGCUCUGGGAUCUGCAGGACGUUAUGGAGUUGCACUGGCCAAUACAAUAACAAUAGUGAAGGCAAUUAAUGAUGCGUUCACUCAUGUGGGAUGUUAAUGAAGUUGUCACCUUUUCAUGAAUUCAGAAUUUACUUCUACCAAUAUAUCAAAGUUUUGUAUGUAUGCAAAACAACACUCUUUAUUUAGCAGUGUCCUUUUUAAAAUGGAUUCUUCAGAAUGUAGUUCUCCCACUAACGCUUCGAGUUCAGCCCUGUAACUGUAAAAUAAUGAAUUAUUCCAUUCAAAAUCACAAAUAGCACAACUUUUAAUUGUUAAGGUCUGAAGAUAAUACUCAUUUGAUCAAAUGACCACAGAAUUCAAAAUACCCCACUUUGUUGGGUUUGGGGUAUGGAUGCAAGAGACCUUUUUGUCUCGUCAUGAUACAUGCGUGUAUCAGUCAAACGUGUCUUGGGGCUGAGUUUAGGGGGCAUGGCUGAGCCAAUUCGCAAACAAAACAAUAAACAAUAAUGUAAUGUUUGUGAGUUCAAAUAUCUUCAUUUGGGGCCUAGCUGCUCUAACUUAAAAGAUUCAACUUCAGGACAUAAGUGGAACAAUUACUCUUUUGGAAUGCUGUCUCACAUGGUGACCUGAACACCAGCCUAGUGCAGAGAUGCUGGGGAUUAGGACUGGAUGAACUGGAAAGAGUAUACAUAAGAGAAAAACCAGUAGUGGGCGUGUCCUGUUUGGGCUGGUGUCAUAUAAACAGGGAAAACAAAGCACUUUUCAAGCAUUCUAUAACUCACAGGGUGCUGUAGCCUCACUUAGGACACAGGUCAGGAGAGAGCCUGACAUAACUUCAGGGGAAGAAGAUCUCAGAGCAACAUGGCACCAACAAAACUGGGAGCUAGGAGCCCUCUAAUGGAGGCAGCUGUGGGCUUUGCACUGGGAGCUGUGGCAGGCUGCAUACUGGGAGCCACAGAGGACCCAGUGGACGAGACCCUGUCAGUGAUGACUACAGCCGAUUCACUGAAACCAGUGAUGGAGGAAGCCAGGAAAGUUGGUGCUCUGGGGCUGGGGGCCCUUAUUGGAGCCACAGCACUGACCACAGCAAUGACCUCAGUUGUAGCUGGUGUGAUUCUGGCAGCAGCGGUAGCUUCAGUGUUUGUGGCCACUAAGAGCUGCGGUGCCUCCCACAUAAACUCUGUUGGCUUGUGGGCAUCGGCAGGACUUGCUGGGGCCUUCGGGACCACUCUCAGUGGAGCCACACUCGGGGUUGCUAUCGAAUGGAUUGUGAAGAAUUACAGCAUGAUGGGCCUCCUGUAUGCACUGAGCAUAUUCACCGUGCUCAAACCGCCCCUGCACUUUGUAUUUAAGCUCCUCUGGAAGCAGGGAGAGUCCUAUUGCACUCUGGGACCUACAUUCAGGGCCAGGGAGAGGGAACAAAUUGAGAUCAUAGAGUCACAGCAGAGACAGAGAGUGGCUGUGGAGAUAGAGCAGAGGAUCCUGAUGUUGGAGAAGGGAGGCAGCAUCAGCGGGACAGAGCAGAGAACACUGUGGACCACGGAGCAAAGGCAGAGAGUGGAGAUGGAGAGGCAGAAGAUGGAGAGUGAGGAGGCAGAGAUAAAGCAAAGAACCAUCCAAGACUGGAUCAACACCGUGGUGGUCAAAUAUGUGGACUUCUUGGCUUUCUCAGGGAUACCAAUGACAGUAGUUGCCAUAGUAACAUCAGGGUUUGGGGUGUUUGGUUACGGAGGCCACCAGUCUGUGUUUAUAGUACUUCUGGCAUUGGUUGGAGUCAUAGCCUAUUUGCUGCUGAACUCAUCUGACUUUAAGUUCUGGAUGUUGGUCGGGUGCAUGGGAAUGCUCACAACGUUUGUCAUCGCCAUGCUCACACUGCACGCUGGCCAGGUGGUCGUAACAACCGCCAUGAAGAUGAGAGCAGCGGGGCAGGGUCAGUCAAGAGAAAACAUCACUGCUCGUAUGAACCACCAGUCCUCUCUUGAAGCUCUGAAUGCAGCUUUCUUCGUGGCAAAACUAUGUGAGCUGGGUUUGGGGGCUACGGUGGGGGGGCCGCUGGUGAGGCGAGCAGCCGGAGAGGUGAAAGUCAUAGCUGGAGCGGCCCUUGUGGCACUGGGUUUACUGGCUGGGGUAGAGGUUUUCGCCCCGGUGCUGGGAGGAGGAGGUAAAGCUGGGGCACUGCUGGGGGUGGUAGGAGCAGCGGGGGUGUCUGUGGGAGCAGCGGCGGCUGUGGCUGGAAGGUGGUCCUCAUGGCAAGGAACUCUGGGAACAAUAGCAGGGUUGGUUAUAGGAGCACUGGGGGUUGGAAAAUGGCAUAUUGUUAACAUUGGACUGCAGGUGCCUGUGGCCUAUGUCUUCGCUAUGACCAAUCCAUUUUAACAUAAUAAAAAAGACCUGUUGCUCAUGGUGGGAACUGUUGGUUUAGACCUGCUCUAUUUAAAAAAGUGUCCCAAGACACUGUUUGUGAUUGAAUUGGCACUAUGCAAAUAAAACUGAAUUAAAAUUGAAUUGAAUUGAUGGCAGUCGCUUCCACAAAUGACACUCGUAGGGUACCUACAGUGUCAUAAUUUUAAAGCAGAGGGCCACUGACCAAGCUGCAGUAUUUGACAACUCUAAAGUGAGACUGGGUUGUCAUUUGUCCUGGUAACCUGUUAAAGUUACUCUACUUUAAAGGAUAAGUGUGGUGAUUAUUUAUAUUUUCUGUGCCAUAGAGCUCCAUUGUUGUCCAAAAACUAUUAAAAACACAUUAAUGAGCCACACUGUUGCACUGGUAAGCGCUACAUACUUUAUUUGAAUUAAUGUACCUCUAGUGAAGCAGCUUGUGACGCUUUAGAAUCAGCUCAAAGAGAGGACACAAGGGUGAAAAUGGACAAUGGUGUACAUUUAACACAAAGUGAAAGAAAUGUUUGUUGUAAAAUAUUUCAUGUUUUUAUACUGAAGUUGACAAUAUGUCUUGGGAACAUCAUAUGAGAACCAAACUGAUGUCUGAACAAGAAGAAAUACGCCUUUUUAUUCUGUUUUGAGUUUGUUUACUAUGUUUUAGUAUGAGCUAAUGGAUUCUGUCAGUUAAAGAAAAAUGCCACCCAUUAAAGGAACUCACUUUGACCUGCA